CAGUUUGCUGAGUCAGCAUCGCAUCCUGAGGUCGUCAUGGGGGUCGUUCAAAUCUUGUCGACGAGUCAGCCGACCGUCGGCCUCGUGGGGCCUCUCUUCCGCCUGCCCUCCACCCUGUGGAAGAGCGUCUGCGUCUCCAGCUUAGCCAGGUGGGCGACGCUGCACCCGCUCAUGCUGGGAGCGUCGCUGGAGAGGCUGCUGGAGCUGAGCACGGGCGCAAACGAGGCGAAGGAGGAGAGCGACGUCAAGUGUGAGCUGAGCAGCCUGCUCGAGGUCCUCGCCUUCUGGGCCGACUGCUUCGAGUCGAGGAGCGUGCGGGAGGAGGCAUGGUCAGACGUCAUGGCCAGAGUUUUCGAAGGUCGGAGGGACUUGAAGGAGACGUUGGAAGAGAUGAAGAAGAGCAAGAGCGACGCCAAGCUUGUCCAGCUGCUCAAUCGCCUCACUGCUAAGCUCGGCCAUUGCGACUCGAAGCAAGCAGAGGCGGAGGCUGGCAGCAAGAGGGUCUUCUCAGAAACCAUUGCGGCAGGGGAAGGGAACGGACACGUGAAGAGAGCCAAGACGGAGGGGUCCGACUAAAGUCGAUACAUUAAACAAGUUCGAGG